GCGUUCCUUCACCCUCCUUGCGUUUCUUCACCCUCCUUGCGUUCCUUUACCCUCCUUGCGUUCCUUCACCCUCCUUGCGUUCCUUCACCCUCCUUGCGUUCCUUCACCCUCCUUGCGUUCCUUCACCCUCCUUGCGUUUCUUCACCCUCCUUUCGUUCCUUCACCGUCCUUGCGUUCCUUCACCCUCCUUGCGUUCCUUUACUCUCCUUGCGUUCCUUCACCCUCCUGCGUUCCUUCACCCUCCUUGCGUUCCUUCACCCUCCUUGCGUUCCUUCACCCUCCUUGCGUUCCUUCACCCUCCUUGCGUUUCUUCACCCUCCUUGCGUUCCUUUACCCUCCUUGCGUUCCUUCACCCUCCUUGCGUUCCUUCACCCUCCUUGCGUUCCUUCACCCUCCUUGCGUUCCUUUACCCUCCUUGCGUUCCUUCACCCUCCUUGCGUUCCUUCACCCUCCUUGCGUUCCUUUACCCUCCUUGCGUUCCUUCACCCUCCUUUCGUUCCUUCACCGUCCUUGCGUUCCUUCACCCUCCUUGCGUUCCUUUACCCUUCUUGCGUUCCUUCACCCUCCUUGCGUUCCUUCACCCUCCUUGCGUUCCUUCACCCUCCUUGCGUUCCUUUACCCUCCUUGCGUUCCUUCAGCCUCCUUGCGUUUCUUCACCCUCCUUGCUACGAGGACCCUUCUCGGCAGGCCAAGGCUCGCUCGCUCAUUCCUCGUCAGCAACUGGAGGAGGCAGCAGCCGUGUACCUUGUCAAGCAAGGGCAGUGCCAGCCGUCAGAGGCUGAGUUUCGAGACGCUGUGUUGAGGCACCUGCUCAUCUGGUUCAAGUCCUGGUUCAAAUGGGUGGACUCCCCUCCCUGUCCCAAGUGCCACACCCCCACCUGCACCUUCCAUGGCAACGCCACGCCAUCCGCAGAGGACCUGCGGUGGGGCGGGCAGCGAGUGGAGCUGCACAGGUGCAAGCAGUGUGGCUCCACAGCUCGCUUCGUGCGAUACAACGAUCCUGCUAAGCUCCUAGACACCAGGGAGGGCCGCUGUGGCGAGUGGGCCAACGCCUUCACCCUCUGCUGCCGGGCGCUGGGCUACGAUGCCAGGCAGGUAGUGGAUUGGACGGACCAUGUGUGGACCGAGUGCUUCUCGCACGCCGACCAGAGGUGGUUGCAUCUGGACCCCUGUGAAGCAGCAUUUGACACGCCGCUACUCUACGAGCAAGGGUGGGGCAAGAAGCUUACCUACGUGUUUGGAGUGGGGAGGGAUGGUGUUGCUGACAUCAUCUGGCGAUACACAAGGCGAUGGGAUGAGCUACAACACAGGCGAACAGAGGCGUCAGAAUCAGCAGUGGCAGCAGCAGUGGCAGCAGUGACAGCAAGGGCCCGAGCUAACCUAAGUGUGGAUGAGAGGAGGCGGUUGGAGGGGAGGGAUAAGCAAGAGAGAGAGGACCUGAGGGGAAGGAGGGGAGGAGGGAGAGAGGGAGGAAGGGAGGGAGGGGAGAGGGAUGGGGUGGUUUUGGGGGGAAGGCAGACAGGGUCGGUUGAGUGGCGAGCCGCAAGGGGGGAACUGGGAAUGGAGAGGGGGGACGAGGGCAGGAAGGGGGGAGGUGGGGAAGGGAGUGAGGGGAAGGAUGGGAGGAUGGAGAGAAGGGUGGUGGAUGGUCAUAUUAGGCGACUGUUCAUGGCUGUUGGUGACAUGUGUCGCAAUGUUGUUGGGCCUGACACAUGUGGAGUUGAAGCGGCAGCAGGAGGAGGAGCAAGAGCAGUGCUGGCAGUAGCAGCAGGAGCACCAGCAGCAAGAACGGAGCCAGUAGCAGCUGAGGUAGCAGGUGCACAGGAGUCUUUAGACGCUCUCCUCUCGCUGCUCUCUGUUCUGCGCUGUCUUCCCUUCCGCUCUCGUGCCUUGCCACUCAAUGACAAGCGAUGCGAUCCCUUUCGCAGGAUACUCUUGGAUGCGGCAGCAUCAACAGUCAGCAGCAGAGGUGGUGGUGGUGCUGCUGCUGCUGUUGCAGCUGCAAUGGCUGGUACUGCUUCUACUGCCGUUGCUAGUGGCAAUGCUAGUGGACGUGACAGGAGCAGUGACGGGAACAUCACCACCGCCAUCGCCACCACCAUCACCACCACUAGCUCCCAGGAGAGGCCUCUCGCCUCCUCCGCAGCACCUCUGCUAUCCCUCCUAACUGUCAUGGGGGUCACGAUUUGGAUGGAGGGGGUUGAGGGGAGAGAUGGAAGGGGGUGGAUGGUGGGGGUGAAGGGGGUUGGAGAAGGAGAAGGGGGUGUGGAGAAGGGAAAAGAGGACAGUAAGGGAGGAAUGGAGGGGCGGAAGGGUGAAGGGGCAGCAGCGGAGGGGGAGUGGAGGUAUGGACGAGAGGCCGUGCUGGCGGCUAUGGCGAUGCAGGCAGCACAGGAGGUGCUGCCACGUGUCAAGCAGGCAUUGGCGCAGAUGCGAGCUGGCAGUAGCGGUGGGGAUGGAGAUGGCUCGUGGCUGCAGUGCGUGGUGCAGCACGAGAGGGUGUGUGGCGGCUGGGUGACAGCUGAUGGGGAGAAUCCGCCCAACGAACUGGCCAUCGCUGCAUGCGAUGGAUCACUGCAAACCAAGUGGCUGCACCAUGAGGGUGGAAAAGGCGCAUGGAUGCAAUACCGCCUCGGUGGCUCGGCGCCUGUUACUGUCACAGCGUACUCAAUCACGUCGGCCAAUGACUGCCCAGAAAGGGACCCCUGCUGCUGGUCGCUACAAGCUAGCACGGAUGCCGGUGUGACAUGGCGCGUUCUAGACUCGCAGUCUGCUGUGGGGUUCAGCAGCAGGCACCAAACUCGGGUGUUCCCUGUCAGGCCAGCCAACCAGUCUGCAGCAUCUCUGUACAGGCUUGCGAUCUCAGCUGUGCAAGACCCAUCCUGCAGCUGCCUUCAGCUCGCCUGCUUUGACCUUUUCACCUCACGUAAGCUGCCUGCACAGCCACAUAAUCAUCACGCACCCACAACAGCUGGAGCUGUGGAUGUCAAAAGCGAAGCGGCUAAAGAUGAAGAGCAUCCACGAUCGCCGGUAAUCAAGCCACCAUCGUCAGUGGUCACUGCAGCAGCUGCAGCAGCGGCAGCAGCAGCGGCCCGCGAGCAGUUUGCUGCAGCAGUGCGUGAAGAGUUUCAACGGCUGGUUGUGGAGAAGGUUCCUGCGAAUGAGGCUGCAAGCCGAGCUUUGAAGCUUGUGCAGUACAGAUUGAGCCAAGGCAGGCAAUAAGCUUGAUGGAAAAAGGAAAAGCUUUGAUGAUAGAGGCUGUUGAUAAGAAUCGGCUUGAAAACACCUCAAUGUCCUCGCAUGGUUACAAUUCGAACAUUAUGUGGCUCAGUGCUACCUACCUGAUUGUUUCAUUUGUCAAGCAAUCCAGCUACAGGG